AUGCAGUUCUCUACCAUCCUCUCCUUCCUCGCUGUCACCAGCCUGGCCAUGGCUGCGCCCACGAUUUCCCGCCGCCAGCUGGGCAACGGCGUUGGCGUCGGCGUCAACCAUGACAACAUCCCCAUCCCUGUGACCGUGCCUGUCACUGUGCCCGUCAAUGUGCCCGUCGAGAUCAAGGAUACCGACAUCGCCAACCAUGCGCUCGAGGAUACGCUCAAGAACGGGGUGAAUGUGGACGAUGUCCUGAACCCGCCUGUCAAUGCGGGAGUGCUCAGCAAGGGUGUCAACAAUGCGAAUGAGCUCAAGGUGCACCAUUCCUAG